GAAGAAUUGGCCACGAUCUUACACAUUUAGCUUAGCGAGAUCUAGAGUUGGCAACAACAUCACUUCGUAUUUAGGUCGACGAAAAGAAACGCUGUUGAUGUCUUAUCGUAGGCUGUGGUGGAACUGAGAAAGAGAGAGUGAGAACGAGAAGGGAAGGUUUUUUUUUUUUGGAGCAGUGAUGGAAGAACUUACCGCUUUUGUGUCGAAGUCUUUUGAUCAGAAAGUCAAAGAAAAGAAGGAAGUUAUAACGUAUAGGGAGGUGCUGGAGACCGGGGCAGCACGGGGCAGAGAAGCGCUUUCCGCUGAACAGAGUCGGGAGGAGGUGAACGCUAUUUCCCGCGGAGGCGCUCGAUCGCCGGGCAGAGAGGCGGACAUGCUCGGGUCAGAGCGAAGCAGGGAUGCGGGCAGCCCGAAGCUCAUGGAUGGUAAUACGGAUAUGAAAGAACGAAAAGAGGAUUCCAAACCAAUGGAGGACGAAACACAGACUAAAAUCAAACAGAGACGAAGUCGGACUAACUUUACUCUGGAGCAGCUGAACGAGCUGGAGCGCCUGUUCGACGAGACUCACUAUCCCGACGCGUUCAUGCGCGAGGAGCUGAGCCAACGGCUCGGGCUGUCUGAAGCGCGCGUCCAAGUCUGGUUUCAGAACCGGAGAGCCAAAUGCAGAAAACAGGAGAACCAGCUACACAAAGGGGUGCUCAUCGGGGCGGCGAGUCAGUUUGAAGCGUGUCGCGUGGCGCCGUAUGUCAACGUGGGCGCGCUGCGCAUGCCCUUCCAGCAGGCAAGUGAUAGUCACGUGCCGCCCUUCUCCCUACAGGUGCAGGCGCAGCUACAGCUGGACAGCGCCGUGGCGCACGCGCACCAUCACCUGCACUCGCACCUAGCCGCACACGCGCCCUACAUGAUGUUUCCCGCGCCACCCUUCGGGUUGCCCCUGGCGACCCUCGCGGCCGAGUCGGCCUCAGCCGCCUCCGUGGUGGCCGCAGCCGCCGCGGCGAAAAACACGAACAAGAACUCCAGCAUCGCGGACCUCAGGCUGAAGGCCAAAAAGCACGCCGCCGCGCUGGGCCUGUGA